AUGCCAACCAUCGAGACUACGUCGUCGCCCCUCGACGUUUCCUCGUCGUACCUGUCGGCUCGUACCGUGCUCGGUCUUGCCGGCCUAUGGCUGCUAUACCAGGUCGCGAAGGCGCUCUACAACAUCUCGCCUUUGCAUCCGUUGAGCUACAUUCCCGGACCUAAACUGUCUGCAGCCACAUACAUCCCCGAAUUCUACUACGAUGUCAUUCUUUUCGGGCGCUACACCAGGGAGAUUAGUCGCAUGCACGAGCAGUAUGGCCCCAUCGUCCGUAUCAGCCCCCACGAAGUACACUGCAACGACGUCAACUUUUCGGAUGACAUCUACGCCGUCAGUGGUCGCAAGCGCGACAAGCCUGUCCACCAGAUUAACGGUUCUGCCUUGGGCGAGUCUGGCUUCGGAACCGUGAACCAUGAUUCGCACCGCGUUCGUCGCAUUCCCUUGGCCAAGUUCUUCUCUCGCGGCAAUAUUGCGCGCCUCGAAGGUGAUGUCCACGACCUGGUCCAGAAGCUUUGCGACAAGCUGCUUUCUCAGCGGGAGGCUUUCGACGUGACAAUGGCUUACAGUUGCUUCACCUCUGACGCUAUCUCCGGAUAUUGCUUCGGCGAGAGCUUCGGUUUCCUCAGACAAGACGGCUGGUACCCCAACUUUCGGGAGCCGACUGCCUCCAUCCUGAGACCUGUCUUUGUUUUCCGUUUUUUUCCCUGGACCAAGUCCUUUGCCGUUCUUGGAGAGUGGCUUGUCGAUUACUUGCCCACCGACAUUGCCCUGCUCAUCCGCACGCUCAAGAUUGAUAUCCCCAACAAGGUGAAGCACACCAAAGCCGAGCUGGACGCCGGCAUCCGGCACGAGCGCCCCACAGUCUUCGGGUCCCUCCUGGAGUCAGACCUGGAGCUGCUCGAAAAGAACCCACAGCGCCUAGCCGACGAGGCAGCCGCUGUCGUGGGCGCGGGAACCGAGACCACCAGCUGGGCCCUGGGCGUCAUCACCUACCACCUGCUCACCAAGCCCCAUCUGCUCAAGAAGCUCCAGGACGAGCUGAAUGCUGUUGUCGACGACCCCAAGCACCUUCCCGGCUGGACGAGUCUCGAGAACCUUCCUUACCUGGGUGCUGUCCUGCAGGAGGGUCUGCGCCUUUCGUACGGUGUCUCCGCACGUACUGCGCGCGUGCCUACUGAGGAGAACCUGGUCUACCGCGGCGAGUUCAACAAGAAGCCUGUCGAGUAUGUCAUUCCUGCUGGAUAUGCUGUUGGCAUGUCUGCUGUGAUCACGCACCAUGACGAGACUGUCUUUCCCGACUCGUACCAGUUCAUUCCCGAGCGCUGGCUGGAUGAGAACAACCAACGCCGGAAGGAUGUUGAGAAGGGUAUGCUUGCCUUUUCCAAGGGCAGUAGAUCUUGCUUGGGCAUGAACCUGGCUUUGUGUGAGCUCAACUUGUGCUUGACGGCACUUGCUCUGCGUGUCUUGCCCAAGAUGCGUCUUUACGAGACGACAGACGAGGACGUUGCUUACGAUCACGACAUGUUCAUUCCUGUGACUAAGCCAGGGUCAAAUGGCGUGCGGGUGACGAUAGUCUAA